AUGAUGAAAUUUGUGACAAGUUCAUCUCGUUCAUCGAAAGCAACACCAACCACAACCCAUCAUCCCACACCAUCGCCCUCCCGGAAUGUUAUUUCGUCAACCUCAAAUAAUCUCGAAUUAAGGCAUCCGAAGGAGGUAACACAGGACAAUUCUAUUGCUGAUCCAAAUCCGCGAAAUGGAUCCUUCCGACCCAACCAUGAGGAAUAUGAAAAGUUCAUUGAAAUGCUAAUGGUCGAGAACAAGUUACUUAACGAAGAAAAAGAGUUGAUCCGUUUGAGACGUCAGCGAUACAUCGAUGAGCUUUGUAAGCAGCACCUGAUCACAAGUCAACUCAUUAAAAAUCAUCAUAUUCGUUGUUAUACGAAUGAUACGAAAUGA